CAGACUGCUGUUAGGACCGCAUACAAAGGGAACCACCUCUACAAGCAAUGCUUUUCUCGAGUGGGAUCGUCCUGUUGGUUGUCACGUGUGGAGUGCUUUUGCAUCCAGUUGGAUGCGAGGAGUACUACUUGAGCUAUCCAUUUUGCCGUUCUGCUGAAUCCGAAUGCUGCACCACAGCCGAAAGAAGCCUUCAGUAUUCCUCGCAGCUUUCAUUCGAAAAAGUCAGUUGGGGUGUUGCCCUCCUCAAGGGCAACUGGACCUGCAGCCCUUGUUCGAGUUUAAGUCCAAGUGUGAAUUCAAGCCUUUGGCCAAGCGCAUCUCAUUUUGCUUCGUUUACAUACGAUAAAUAUAUCAUAGGAGGGGACUGCAGGUUUGAGUGCUGCAUUCCACCAGUCGAGGGCAAAGAAUUUCUCACAGGCAACGCUGUAUCUGGUACAGGAUACCCAAACGGCACCUGGCAAUUCUUAUCUCAUUGGAGCUAUGAGGGGUUUAAUGCCACGCAGCCCCCUCGCUGCCCCAAAGCAGAGUGGCUCUGUCGGGCUUGCGCAAAUAGACAUGAGGCACCCUUAGAGAACAGUUCUCGAGCUGGCGGUGUAAGUGUGUUUUAC